CGCAGAGGAAGUGGUGGCAUUCUGUCUGACGACGUCUCCCGAGCAUGGUGCAGAAGCCACGGGGGCUUGGCGUCCGUCGUGGCUGGUCUACCUUGCUGGGCUCUUGUAAGAUAAAAGUGCGGAGAAGAGCCAUGUAUGCUGGCUUGACGCCCUUGGAGGAAAAACAGGAUAUAAAUCGACUGAAUGAACAAACAAUGAACAAUCAAUCAAAUGAACUCUUGACUAGAUGGUUCGUUGGUCCUCCCUGCCAUUGUUAUGUCCCAUCAGUAUAACGAUGCUGAAGCCUUAGCGCCUUCUCUCGCUCUCCUGUUCGUAUCCGUGGUGGGCUCUGUCGCCAGCUUCUGCCCCAAGUGUCCGGCAACUUCAGAUUUCCUUAACAAAACAAAGCUACAGAUAAUCUGGAUGAAACGGUCCGUGCAGGAACUAUAUGUCUCCUAUGUGACUUAUAUGGAUUUGCUCAAUCUGCGCCCAGUUUGUCAGUCGCCACUAGUUCCUGGGUUUUCAAGCAAAAAUAUAACUAGGGAGCCAGAGAGUCUGAUGCUGCAGGACCUGUACAGGACGUUGGCAAGUGCGCAGGAUUCCCUCCUAGUCCUCAAAGAGCACCAACUUUCAAACAAUCCAGAGCACGAGUUGUAUUACGAACUGGAAAAGUCUUCCCUGUCGCUAGCUGGGCUUCUUUCCAACAUCCGUUGUGCCCUUUGCCUACAGGGUGUUACUCCAACCAGGUUAGUUCUCCCUAAGAGGACUCCUGCCGUUUCGGGAUUCUCUCGGAAGAUUGAAGGAUGCCGCGGGCUCUGGAGCUACUCUAAGUUCAUUGGUCACUUGGCUAGGCUCUUCGGAAAGGAGUUUGCUAGAGGGAAAAGGCCAGGACAGCAGAAAAAGAGAAGUAGACAGAGACAUGCCACUUCUUUCAGACUGACUCAUCAAAAAUGACACUGUUCGAAGGAUGAAACAGAAGCGCAUGGAUUUCAUAAGUCCUUCACAGAAACAAUAAUAACCAGAGGUGCAUUUGCAUGCGGGUCCGACACAAACAACAAUGACGCCAUGGCCUCGAGACACCUGGAAGGGAAGGGACCUUCAAAUGACCCGGGCAGUUAUUGUCUUCCGGUGCUGACUAAACUCUCCGGUCUUCUCAUUUUGUCUCUGCCCGACGGGUCCUGCUUCCCGGUUUCUGACUCUCCUCGGACAGUUGCCCACCAUCCAGCCUCCCCAGAUGUGCUUCAUGGGGGAAACAACCACAGAGGGGGGGAAAAUAAGUCCUCCCUCCGGUCCUCACUGGCUCCUUCCUCAGCUUCUGUUGAGAAACCUCUUCCUGUUGACAUUUCUUGCCCAGGGUUUGACGGCGGCGACACGUGGCCACCGAGCUGCUUCUCCUGUUGGUUUUGGCAAAGGGAGCCACCAAUACAAAGGAGGCCAGGCCAAAGCACUUUUGCUGCCUGAGGCAAAGAGGGUGCUGCCUUCCCACCAUGUCAACGGCAAAAGCUCGUUGGAGGAGCCGUUGAGCAGUACCUCAACCCUGGUCAUGGAUCAAUAGGGGCCAUUAGGGAAGGAGUCCAGUUCAGGAGGGUCAGAGGAGACAUGGGGCAUAAAACGGUCCACCCAGCAGAAGGGGGCGACCCGAGGAGACUGGCCCCUUCAUAGCGUCUGAAGCAGGACAUGCCACGAACUUUCCUGAGGUCCCGGGAAUGGAAGGAGGCAGAGGGCAUCGCUCCGUACAGGAGUGGCCAAAGUGGGCUGGGGGUCUUGAUCCGUGAAGGUCUCUAGCUACCUGGCCACCCAGCGGGGCUGGGUCACCCCAUGUGGCAGAACCAAGUCCCUAUGGCUGGAAAUCUAGUGGAACCAGAGAUCAGCUCUGUAUUGGGGUCCAAGCAAACAAGGUCACGGAGCCCUGUCCAAACCUUUGGGCCGAAUGUACGGGAAACUAUUGUGCUGCUAGGUGGGCUCUGAUGAUCAGCUCCCCAUC